CAUCUUGCAAAACUCGCCACACCCCGUGACCUGGAGGGGCCCGGUUCCCCAGCGCGGCGCGCGGCGCGGCUCUAUUACGUCGGAGGGGGCGGGACUUCUGGACCCUGUGACGCCUGAGGUUUUGGCAGAAGGUGGUGCCUUCCGGGUGGACAGAAAUGGACUCAGAAAUCAAGGAAGAAAUUCCUGUGCAUGAGGAAUUCAUUUUAUGUUGUGGAGUUGAAACCCAGGUUCUAAAGUGUGGGCCCUGGACUGACCUCAUUAAUAAUCAAAGUGGCACGAGGCCUAAGCUGCUUAUUUUCAUUAUUCCUGGUAACCCAGGUUUUUCUGCCAUGUAUGUGCCAUUUGCAAAGGCUUUGUAUUCUGCAACAAAAAGACGCUUUCCAAUUUGGAUUAUCAGUCAUGCUGGGCAUGCCUUAGCCCCCAGAGGCAAGAAGAUUCUUAAAAGCUCAGAAGAUCCAAAUGCUGAAGAAAUUAAGGACAUCUAUGGAGUCCGUGGUCAAGUAGAACACAAAUUAGCUUUCCUGAGAACUCAAGUGCCAAAGGAAAUGAAGCUUGUGGUCAUUGGCCAUUCCAUAGGCUCCUAUUUUUCCCUUGAGAUUCUGAAGCACGCACCUGAGCUCCCAGUAAUUCGCUCCAUUCUGCUGUUUCCAACAAUUGAGCGAAUGUCUGAGUCACCCACAGGCAGGUUUGCCACACCUCUUUUGUGCUGGCUUCGAUAUGCUCUCUAUGUUCCUUGCUACUUACUGCUUAAACCAUGGCCUGAGAAAAUCAAGUUCUUGGUGAUCAGAAUGGUCCUUCAAAUGAUGGACAUACCAAAGGAAUAUUUGUGUAUGAAUAUGUUGGAACCGUUCUGCCUUGUUAACGCUGCCUACCUUGGGAGCCAAGAAAUGAGGGAGGUAGUGAAGAGAGACGACGAAACCAUCAAAGAACAUUUACCUAAGCUUAUAUUUUACUACGGUGCUACAGACAGUUGGUGUCCAAAAGAGUACUAUGACGACAUGAAGAAAGAUUUUCCAGAAGGAGAUAUUCGACUCUGUGAGAAAAAAAUACCUCAUGCUUUUAUCCUCAAUUUUUUCCAGGAAAUGGCCGACAUGGUAGCCGACUGGCUAAAGGAUGAUCUGUCCAAAAUGGAGAUAUUGUCAUAAGGUGCAAGUGCCGACAGUUGGCACAUACAGGCAGUAGGUACACUGCCUCCUAGCAGUAAGCAGCAUACUUCAUAGGUGACUGUCUAAUUUUAAUAUUUGAUGUUAGAAGAGAAAAAAGUGAGACCCUCUUGGCUUAAAAAACUGUCAGUUCCCAGCUCCCCAUGCUACAGACUGCAACAAACACAGUUGACCAAUAUUCCCUGGAGUUAACAACACAUUCCCAAGACUCAGGGAACACAGCAAUCUAAACAAAGUCUUUCACGUGUGCACAAAAUGCCCAGUGGCGCCAUCAACUUAAUUUUGAUAGGCAGGAUCAUUGCACAAAAGGAAAUCUAAAUUUUUUAUUUUAAUUUACAAUGUAGAAUAGCACCCUCCCCCCAGAGAAAAUUAUGAAAGAACUACUAGAAAAUGUAAAAGACCAGUGAAUGUCAAGUGCGUAGUCAGACAUGUGAAAAAUGAAAUUAUGAGAAGAAUACACUCAUCCAGGAAGUGACAAGCAGUGGAGCUUGGCAGUGGACCCGGGUCUCUCUUAAGGACAGAAGCUGAAGGUCAGCCCAACUAACUUUGCAAAGAUCUUGGCUGAAAUCACCAAAAUCUGACUGGAUACCAGGACAGCCUGCACACCCUGCCUCUUACUACCUUGCAGCGUGUCUCAGACCACCAGGUCAGCCUUCUGUCUGGCCGCCGGUGCGCAAGCCCCAGCAGAGCCAGUGGCAGGGGACGACGCACUGCCUGUCUCCUUCCCUGAGGCGAGUGACUUCCAGACGUGCCCACAGUAAUGAGAGAAUAAAGCUCGUCAGACGUUCCUCUGGUCAACUAAGAGCUAAUAAGCGUUACUGAAGGAUUCCGACUAUACCUUCCUCCACAGCCAACCAGUAAGUCCUGAUUGUGAGCUCCCUGCAGGCUUCCGUUCUCCAGAGCCAGCAUGGGCUGACACUGUGCUGCCCCCGAUGAAGCUCAUACCUGCCACAGGCAACUGCCCAUUCUGUGAUUUUUUUCAGUCAAACUCCACUGCAGACCAGCAGUGAGCCAAGUACUAUAACAGACAUUGAGGAUAGACUGUUAGCUACAUUAAUGAUUCUUUUCUUCUGAAAAUCUUCUAGGAAUUAAAUUUUGAAAGGGCAUCUUUAAAUUGCUGAAUAGAGGAUCAUCAUAAAUGAGUUAUCCAGUUAGUUGGAAAGAAAUUGUUUUACUAAUGAACAACAACAACAAAUACCCAUUAAAUUAUGUGAAUUCACCCUCUCCAAACACCUUGAGUUCCAAUAACGAAGAAGCUUGUUCUCUGACCUAGAGCUUGCUAACAAUAUUGCUUCCUUCCCUAAACUGAUUCAAUCUUGGGACCUUAGGAUUUACUUAGCCAGUAAAUCCCAUUGACUGAGGUAAUUGUUGAUGAUAGAUAGAAACAUUCCAUUUUUGCUCCUGGAGGAAAUCCCUCACGGUGUUAUCAUUUCAUAAGGACAAGGGGAUGUUGUCCUUCUUCUCAAAACCUAAAGCCCUCUGAUGAAAGAUUCAGCUCUGAUAUGCUGCCAACCCAGUGGUGAAUGUCAAAUGAGAUAUGAUCCUUUGGCCUGGCUUCCACAUCAGAGCAAAUGACGUCUCAGAGGGGAGGAGCCAAGCUCCAGGCAAACAGUGCUCUCAGCCCCAGAAAGGGACCAGUAGAUGUAUAAGCCAUUGGCAGAAGGCUGCAUACAUAAAGUCUUUAUUGGCAGCUGUGUGGAGAGGCCUUCUAGAAAUCUAAUGUUAGGAGCUGGGUCUCAGGGCUCUGAAGUACCUUGCAUACAGGAGAUGCUCAAUAAGAUGCUGAAGCACUUAAGCAAAAACUAGGUAAAUCAUGCUACUAGAAUCAAGAAUAACAUGCCCAGUGUUUCUGUUAGCCUUAUUUUACAAUGUUACUUCAUGUUUCAGAAGUCCACAUGUAUGAAAUUAUAUCUGAUAAACCAAAGUUUACCAGAGCUUAAAAAAUAAUAAGUAAAAUGAUAAAGUAAAAGAUAAUGGCUUGUAAUUCUGUUAAUCAUCUAAGCACCAAAUGAAUUUUCAAAACAAAUACUUUACCCACACUUUAUGAUCUUGCCUGGCCUGACCUCUGUAUGUUGGGGAGGAGGGUUACAGUCUUCACGUUCUCCUGAGGUAGACUCAGGUCAUAGCCUCUCAAUUAAGGGCUUCCCAGGCGGCACUAGUGGUAAAGAAGCCAUCUGCCAACACAGGAGACUUAAGAGAUGGGGCUCUCCAUCUCUUAAGGAAAAGGCAAUCCACUCCAGUAUACUUGCUUGGUGAAUCCUGUGGACAGAGUAGCCUGGCGGGCUAUAGUCCAUGGAUCGCAAAGAGUCAGACACGACUGAAGCGACUUAGCACACAUGCACACUCUCAGUUAAAUUGAAAGCCACUUUUUCGAUGUUUCUUUUAGAGAGGGAAGGGUCAGAUUUUAGAAGAUUGAAGCUCGUUUUAUUUCAUUAGGAAUUAAACAAAAGUGUUCAUGCAUGUAUAUGAGGUGAUAAGGUAUGUGAACUCUGGAGGCCUUACCAUCUGUGUGAUUUUAGACAGCUUCAUCUAAUUUCUCCAUGUCUGUGUCCUCAUUCAUAAGAUAGGAUUAAUAAUAAUACGUACCUCAUAUUGUUGGAAGAAUGGGAUGAUUAAAUGAAAGCAUUUAGCACAGUGCCUGACAAAGAGUAUCUUCUCAAUAAAGAUUGGCUGUAUUACUGAUUAUUAAACAUCAUCAUAACAUAAAAUAAACAAAAGACUAAAGUUGGUAGGCAGUAGGUGAAAUCCAUUUUCCAGAAGCAUUUCUGCCUGUGUAUGCCAGUGUGCCACUGUGAUGGUCCUUGUCAAAAGGUUUAAUAACUUCCUCUGGGGUUAUCUAGUGCUGAGUGAAAGACCUACACUGGAAAUCAUGCCUGGUUGUCCCCAGUCUGCUCUGAACCACGAGGGAGAAGCUCCAGAGGCUACCCCUGUGGCUUUUUGUGGCCAGACAUUCAAGGCAACAGCCCACUUACCAUAGGCCUUUCCAGUCAACCUUUGAAGAGCCAGUGACCUCCAGAGGCUUGAUUUUUCUUUAUCCUACAUUAUAUUAAAUUUAAUUCCAGACUUGAGGGAACACAACAACUUAAUAUAACACCUGAUUCUGGAUUAGAUGUUAUAUUAAAAAAAAAAAAAAAAGAAAAAAACAUUGUUGGGACAGUUUGCAAAACUUCAUUGCAUGGGAUCUAAAGUUUUUAAAUGGGAGUAACAGAUCAAUGGUAAUGUUCUGAUGUCAGUGGUUUUAUUGUGGCUAAGUAGGAGAAUGUCCUUAUUUUCAGUGAAGACACUGAAAUGCCUCGGAGCCAUAGGACAUUAUGUCAGCUCUCAAAUAGUUCAGAGGAAAAAAACAUUCUCGUUCUAGCAACAUUUCUGUAUGUUUAAGAUGAUUUUGAAAUGUAUACAAAUAAUUACUUGGAAAAAAAAAAAACAUGCUCUCUCCUCCUG